CAUAGCAUUUCCAGAUCCGUUCCAGAAUCAGAAGCAUUGUGGAUGCUUUAUUCCCAGGAGCAAUCCCUGCUUUUUCCGCAUCUGAUCCCCCACAAACCCUGCUUCUUUCAUGUUUCAACAUGUUCAAGCAGGUAUUUCCAAACCAGUAUAGUAUAUAGCGUAUCUUCUCACACAAAAAGUAUGUCAAUGGAAUCAGUUCUAGGAAGCCUCAAGGACCUAGGACAGCACGUUAUCAACUCCCCACAGAAGUUCAAACUCUUCACCCUCCAUGUGCGUUACCUAGGAAACCAUCAUCAACAAUAUGGCUGCAAGAGAUAGAAUCAAGUCGGCAGAGAGCAAGAAGAAAGAAGUGGAAGAAGUGAUAGUAGCACCACCAGUCCCUCAAUGGACACUUCUAACACUGGGACAGAUAAGCAUUCUUCGGGAAUUGACUGUUGAUGAAGUACAACUACAAUUUGAGGACUUUCUUCUGUUCAAAAACCAGCAGACAUGUCUGAAGGAGGCAGCCUUGUUAGACUACUUUGUGUCGGGUUUCUGGUGGACUAAAGAGAUGCAUUUUUCCAGUGAGCAAACAUCCUUUGUCAUGGCGCUACUGCAAUCAUCAAUUGACAAUAUAAGUGAAAAUCAGAUGUCAUUUGUGGAAAACUUCACUGAAUUUGGGAAAACUUUGAUUGACCUCAGGAAGACUCCCUCUGCAGACGGGGACCCACCAUUCCUUGACAUAGGUCAAGCCAAGGCCAUUACAGACUACUUUACGUCCAGCCUGUUCCAGCAUUACAGCAUGUAUGAGUUUCUCUUCGGCCAAUCACGAGACAAGAAGCUCCUGGGAAUGGAGAGGAGUAUCGAAGUGAUUGGCGCGGCGGAAUUCGUCGCCCCGCUGGAGGAGGGCAUGCCUGUUGACGUCUUCCAGCACUACUUGGCACCCGCUCAGACCGCGACGCCCAAGGAGGCGGUGAGGGAAAGGCGAGAAGAGGACGUGAAAGAGGAGGGCGUGGAGGAGACCGGAGGAUCGGAUGAGCAGAAGGGAGGAGGAGGAGGAGGAGGACAAGGGGACACCGAGGAGAAGGAGGCGAGGGAGGAGGACGAGGAGGAGUACAGCGUGGAGGAGGUGCGAGAGGUGCUGGGAGAGAUGGCUAAAGAGAUGAUGGGGAAUCUACAGGCUGAGUUUGCAGAGAAGCUACGCAUCCAAGAGGAGACCUACACAGCCAGGAUAGAGCGUCUCAAGAGCGUCUCAUCAAAAUGACUAUUCCGUCCCGUGGGGUCGUGCACCCCCCACACCCCAAGGUGGAUGAAUUCCUCCCCAAUGCCUCAGCACCGCUGGUGAAUCCUGAAUACAAACUGCAUACAAGCCGCAUAAAUCCAUAAAUCUGCAACAGAUUUUAUUAUCAGCACCACUUUUCUGCCGUUGCAGAGCUCCGCGGAGACCAUCCAGCUGCAGUCUUGAUUGGUUGUUAAUGGUGUGCCUGUCUGGCAUGUUUAAUAUUAAAAGUUUAUCUGUUCUUUUA